AAAAAAAAAAAAAAAAUCUGUAGACUCUGAUCUCAAUAUCCAUUUCUUCAGCAACACUUAAAACUACAUGGUAUAAGUUUAUAACUUCAGUUAAUAUCAAAGGCCAAUCCUCCCCCUCCCUCCUCUUUUUCCUGGCAAAGUUUUCAGCUUAGAAUCUCAGGUAUAUCGUUCAAACCAUUUUGCUCUUUUACUUUUUCUCUCAGUCCAAAUUCUGUUUUUUAUCGCUUUCAAGGAUUACUGAUUUAUUGCUGUAAAGAUCAUUUCAGUUUCUGUAAAUGCUGUUGUCGCUGUUCCUUCUGCUGAAAAGAACUCUGGGAAAUUUCAAAGUCCAGUUUUUAAAGUACAGAGAUGCCUAAACCAAACAAUUUUAUGAAGUUAAAAGCGUGGAGAGGGCGGCUUCACAGGCCAAUGCUUUUGUUGGUCAUCUUUGCUAUUCUCAUGUCCAUUGUCACCUUAUCCAAAUUCUACUGUGUCAGAUCUCUUUUUCCUACAGAUACUUUCUGCAACCACAUGAAGCCUGACAGCCGAAAUGGAACUGGAAGUGAAGUAAGAAUUACUAUCCAAACAGUAAUUCAGAAAAUCCAACUAGAGAUGAGCACGAUGAGAGAUAUGCCAACCAACUCAUCCUCAUCAGCAUCUCUAUCGAGAUACAGUGCGUUUCUUGCAGAUAUCCUUGCGCUCAUCGAGUCGACGCAUGCGUCUUUACCAUCCAGUGAAGAUCCUUAUCAGCAUGACAGUGAAAGGAGUAGUCUCCAUACUCUAUCCAAUGAACCUGCAGAUUAUUUCUUCAUUGAAGAGAUGCGCAAGUAUGUAAGAAUGAAGCCCAACAGACUAGGUAAACAGAACUUCAUGGGAGCAAAUGGAACUUUCACUAGCAUCGGCCAUGCUUGUUUUGCUGUGAAGAAAGAGCUUGAGGAGUAUAUGGAUUAUGAUAUUGGUGAAAUCUGCAAUGAUGAUUGGAAACUAGCUCAAAGGCUUAUGAUUCAUGGCUGUGAUCCGUUACCAAGGAGGAGAUGCUUCUCAAGAGCCCCAAAGCUAUAUAGCAGGCCAUUUCCCAUCAAUGAGUCUUUGUGGAAGCUCCCGGACAAUAGAAAUGUCCGAUGGAGUCAAUACCGAUGCAAGAACUUCACUUGCCUGGCCAGCAAUUCCCCUGGAAAGGGAUUCUUCAAAUGUGCAGAUUGUUUCAACCUUUUGCAUCACGAAAUUCCCAGAUGGAUUGAACAGGUAAACUUGCUGCCGAACUCAAAUCUGACUGCAGAUUUCCUUAUACCUAAAGUGCUAGGAAUUAAGCCUGGAGAGAUCAGAAUUGGAUUGGAUUUCAGUGUUGGAACUGGGACUUUUGCUGCAAGGAUGAGGGAGUUCAAUGUCACAAUAGUCUCAGCAGCUAUCAAUCUGGGGGCACCCUUCAAUGAAAUGAUAGCUCUUCGAGGACUUGUUCCUCUCUACUUGACAAUAAAUCAACGGCUCCCCUUCUUCGAUAACACUCUCGAUAUGAUUCACACGACAAGAUUUCUUGAUGGCUGGAUUGAUUUUGUGCUUCUGGACUUUGUAUUGUAUGAUUGGGAUAGAGUUAUAAGGCCUGGGGGUUUGUUGUGGAUUGACAGCUUUUUCUGUUUGAAAGAGGAUCUGGAUGAUUAUUUAGAAGCCUUCAAGAUAUUAAGGUAUAAAAAGCAUAAAUGGGUUGUGGUUCCAAAGCUGGAUAGAGAUGAUAGAGAGGUAUUCUUUUCAGCUGUAUUAGAGAAGCCACCUCGACCUUUCAGAUAAUCAUAGUGUUGCAUCCA